CUUCGCCUUCUCUCAUCAAAGUUAGCGCUCUAUUUCCUCAACAAAACGCCCACCUCCCUCUUCUUCUGUCUCAUUCUACUCUCUUCCCCCAUUUGAAUCCCCACCUUCUACACCCUACCCACACAUCUUGAUCCGAUUUCACUCUUGACCGGUUCCAGAUCCGGACCCGCAUUGCUCCCUCUCCAUCAGGUUGUUUUGAAAGUUUUUGCGUAGCUCAAUGAAGGUGGUGCUGUUGAGAAAUUCGGUAAUUCAAAACUUCUUGAAGAGAAGAAGUGCCCGUGACUGAAAAGGAAGUGCCGGAUGCUCUCUUCAUUUCCACUUUCUUGUCUCAAGCAGCAAACCUUGUCAAGCUUGUGGAUUCGAAGGACAUAGCUAAAGUCCAUCUAAAGCAAAUGGACUACGAGAUCAUUAUAAGGAAGAAGGAAGCAUUACCGCAGGCAAACAUCAUGGCUGCUCCUGCUUCUAUCGAGCAGCCCUCUUUUCAUCAGCCAAUUGCCCAGCAGCUGUUACCACCUGCCCCUGCACCUUCACCUGCCCCUACCCCUGCCCCUGUUGCAGCCCCUUCACUUCCUUCAACUGCACCUGCAAAACCAAGUUCAUCUCAUCAUCAGCAAAAAGCUCCCAUGGCUGGAACUUUUUACCAUGCUCCUUCUCCUGGUGCACCACCUUUUGUUAAGGUAGGAGACAAGGUUAGUAAAGGGCAGUUACUCUGCAUCAUUGAGGCAAUGAAACUGAUGAACGAAAUUGAGCCUUUAUUUAGCAUUGCACCCUGAAUAUGAACAGAUUGAAAGCUGCAUAGGUCAGGCAGGGGUGGAGUUGCAGAAUGAGUUCUGAGUAAUUCGGCUAAAUCGGGUCCUAUUUAUAUAAAUUGAAGAAAAUUUAUUUUCAUUGUGCUUGUGCUUUUAAUGUAUCUUAGAAUAAUGUCAACUAUUGAUU